UCAAUUAUUUAGAAAAUGUAAAUGUAAUUUAUAAUAAUAUUAAAGAAACAAAUGCUAUAAUACUAAAGUUACAAAAACUUGUUAAAAUUCAUUCAUCAUCUCAAAGAAAAGAAAAGUUUGCUAGACAAUAUGAAGUUGAAGAAUUAUCAGUAAAAGAAUUAAUUUUAGAUAUAAAAUCCUGA